GUGGGCGGGGCGAAGGGGCGGGCCGGGGAGGUGGCGGAGCGCGCUGGUGCUGAUGCAGGAUGGCUGAGCGCGCAGGAGCCCGGGAGGUCUGAGCCGGGCGAGGCUCGCUCCCUGCGCAUCGCCUAGUCCGCCGGCCGCGUGGUCGCGGGCAGGUGGGCCCGGAGCGCCGCGCCCGGCCGGGGCCAGGCCAGGGAAGGCAAGUCUGCAGGACCGGAGGGGCCGGAGGCUUAUAGAAACCUGCCCGGUCUGGGAGCGGCCCGAGCUGCCCAGCCCGCCGAGUUCGCGAUGACCUGCUGAGAAGCUUCGCUGGAGGCUGCAGGCGGUGCGGUUCGUGGCCUCCUCCCUCGUCCUGCUGAGCCCCGGCCCCCCACCCUUCCCCGCUCCCCCUCCCUGCCGCCGGCCGAGAUGGCGGAUCCAGCCGAAUGCAGCAUCAAAGUGAUGUGUCGGUUCCGGCCCCUCAACGAAGCAGAGAUUCUCCGAGGGGACAAAUUCAUCCCCAAAUUUAAAGGCGAUGAGACCGUGGUGAUUGGGCAAGGGAAGCCAUAUGUCUUCGAUAGAGUGCUACCUCCCAGCACGACCCAAGAGCAGGUUUACAAUGCGUGUGCAAAGCAAAUUGUCAAAGAUGUCCUUGAAGGUUACAAUGGGACGAUUUUUGCCUAUGGACAGACCUCAUCAGGAAAAACGCACACCAUGGAGGGGAAGCUACAUGACCCUCAACUCAUGGGGAUCAUCCCAAGGAUUGCACAUGACAUCUUUGACCACAUCUAUUCCAUGGAUGAAAACCUGGAGUUUCACAUCAAGGUUUCCUAUUUUGAGAUCUACUUGGACAAAAUCAGGGACUUACUCGAUGUAUCCAAGACGAACUUGGCUGUUCAUGAAGAUAAAAACAGAGUCCCGUACGUAAAGGGGUGUACUGAGCGGUUUGUGUCAAGCCCUGAGGAGGUCAUGGAUGUGAUAGAUGAAGGCAAAGCAAACCGACAUGUGGCUGUCACAAACAUGAAUGAACACAGCUCUAGAAGUCAUAGUAUCUUCCUGAUUAAUAUUAAACAAGAGAAUGUAGAGACGGAAAAGAAGCUCAGUGGGAAGCUUUAUCUAGUUGAUUUGGCUGGGAGCGAAAAGGUCAGCAAGACUGGUGCUGAGGGAGCUGUUCUCGAUGAAGCUAAAAAUAUCAAUAAAUCUUUGUCUGCUCUUGGAAACGUGAUCUCGGCCUUGGCAGAAGGGACAAAAACACAUGUGCCAUACCGGGACAGCAAGAUGACUCGGAUUCUUCAGGACUCUCUGGGUGGGAACUGUAGAACCACCAUCGUUAUUUGCUGUUCUCCCUCUGUCUUCAAUGAGGCUGAGACCAAGUCAACACUGAUGUUUGGGCAAAGGGCUAAGACCAUCAAGAAUACAGUCUCUGUGAACCUGGAACUGACAGCAGAAGAGUGGAAGAAGAAAUACGAAAAGGAGAAGGAGAAAAACAAGACUCUGAAGAAUGUCAUCCAGCAUCUGGAGAUGGAGCUGAACAGAUGGAGAAACGGAGAAGCUGUGCCCGAGGAUGAACAGAUCAGUGCUAAGGACCAGAAGACCCUGGAGCCCUGUGACAACACCCCCAUCAUAGACAAUAUUGCUCCUGUUGUCGCUGGCAUCUCUGCAGAGGAGAAGGAGAAGUACGAUGAGGAGAUCUCCAGUCUCUACAGACAGCUGGAUGAUAAGGAUGAUGAAAUUAACCAGCAGAGCCAGCUGGCUGAAAAGCUAAAGCAACAGAUGUUGGAUCAGGACGAGCUUUUGGCUUCCACAAGAAGAGACUACGAGAAGAUCCAGGAAGAGCUGACACGUCUCCAGAUUGAGAAUGAGGCAGCCAAAGAUGAAGUGAAGGAAGUUCUCCAGGCCCUGGAAGAGCUGGCUGUCAAUUACGACCAGAAGUCACAGGAAGUGGAGGACAAGACCAGGGCCAAUGAGCAGCUGACAGAUGAGCUGGCCCAGAAAACGACGACAUUGACAACCACACAGAGGGAGCUGAGCCAGCUACAAGAGCUUAGCAACCACCAGAAGAAGAGGGCUACGGAGAUCCUGAAUUUGCUGUUGAAGGACCUGGGGGAGAUAGGCGGAAUUAUCGGCACCAAUGAUGUGAAGACGUUGGCAGACGUGAAUGGAGUCAUUGAGGAGGAGUUCACCAUGGCCCGCCUGUAUAUCAGCAAGAUGAAGUCGGAGGUCAAAUCCCUGGUGAACCGCAGCAAACAGCUCGAGAACGCCCAGAUGGACUCCAACAGGAAGAUGAAUGCCAGUGAGCGGGAGCUGGCUGCCUGCCAGCUGCUCAUUUCCCAGCACGAAGCCAAGAUCAAAUCCCUGACAGACUACAUGCAGAACAUGGAACAGAAGAGGAGGCAGCUGGAGGAGUCCCAGGACUCGCUCAGUGAGGAGCUGGCCAAACUCCGAGCCCAAGAAAAAAUGCACGAAGUCAGCUUCCAGGAUAAGGAGAAGGAACAUCUGACGCGGCUGCAGGAUGCAGAGGAGAUGAAGAAGGCGCUGGAGCAGCAGAUGGAGAGCCACCGGGAAGCUCACCAGAAGCAGCUGUCCAGACUUCGGGAUGAAAUUGAGGAGAAGCAGAAAAUCAUCGAUGAGAUUCGGGAUUUGAAUCAGAAAUUGCAACUGGAACAGGAGAAGCUCAGCUCUGAUUAUAACAAGCUGAAAGUGGAGGACCAAGAAAGGGAAAUGAAACUGGAAAAGCUCUUAUUGCUCAAUGAUAAACGGGAACAAGCCAGAGAGGACCUCAAAGGGCUGGAGGAGACGGUGUCUCGGGAACUACAGACUCUGCAUAACCUCCGGAAACUCUUUGUCCAGGAUCUGACUGCCCGGGUUAAAAAGAGCGUGGAGCUGGACAGCGAUGACGGAGGGGGCAGUGCCGCCCAGAAGCAAAAAAUUUCCUUCCUGGAGAAUAACCUGGAGCAGCUCACGAAGGUUCACAAACAGCUGGUCCGGGACAACGCAGACCUGCGCUGCGAGCUGCCCAAGCUGGAGAAGCGGCUGCGCGCCACGGCGGAGCGUGUGAAGGCCCUGGAGAGCGCGCUGAAGGAGGCCAAGGAGAACGCCAUGCGGGACCGCAAGCGCUACCAGCAGGAGGUGGAUCGCAUCAAGGAGGCCGUGCGGGCCAAGAACAUGGCCAGGAGGGCCCACUCGGCGCAGAUCGCCAAGCCCAUCCGCCCUGGACACUACCCGGCAUCAUCUCCAACAGCCGUCCACGCCAUCCGAGGGGGAGGAGGUGGCUCUUCAAACUCCGCUCACUACCAGAAAUAAAUACGAAUACGGCUCCCCACAUAGCAUGUCCAGGACUCCGUUAAUCAGCAAUUCCUUUGUUUUUUGUUUCCCCUCCUACACGGUUUCCAUUUUCUUUUACACGUGCUUACCCCAGCCAUCUGCAGUACAACCGGUUUCAGAUAUUUGAGCUGUGUAGAAUCUCUGUGUGUACAGAUGUGUGCUUGGACUUCUCGCUUCCUGAGAAACCUGAAGGGGCCGAUUCCAGAAGAUCCACUCAAUCCUGGGAACGAGUGCCAGGGCCUAGGCCGUUGGGUGGUUUCUGGGCCAUCCUGGAGCCUCCUUCCUCCGCAGUCUGCCAUCUCAGCAAAUGCCCUAACGUGCCAUUCCCUGGGACGGGUGGGAGGCGUUGGAGGGGGCUGGGGGGGGGGGCGUUGCGAGUGGGAGUAGCAACCAAGUGCCAUGGAGGCAGGGGGUCAUGCUCCAUUGCAACUUUCUGGUUUCCUGCAAAACACAUUCCUCUAUAUUUUUAGGGAACAAAAAAAAGUGCUGCUACAAGGUUCAAAAUUUUCAUUCUGAACACUUUUCAGAAACAAAUUACCCCAAAGAAGCAUUUUGAAUACCCCCGUCACAUCUUUGGAGCUGUAAAAGACACCUUUUCGUAGGGCACCUGUUAAAAUGCAAAGCAAAUUUCUCUGAGGCAGAAAAACAAUCUGACAGUAGCAAUGUAGAAUUUGUUCACUCAAACACAUCUAAGCAAAUGCAAAAAGUCAUCAAAUCCACCAGAGCUGCUUGCUACUAAACCUGCAGCGACUAGUCUCAGCCAGCCCAGUUUGAACAGCCUUCCUUCAGAAGUGUUGAAAAUGCUGCGAAGUUGGAUGAUUGGAAUUGGGGCGACCCGCCUCUCCUGGGGUCCUCCUCCCUGAUCCUACCGGAGCAGGCACGCUGGGGAUGGCCUCUUGCCUCUCACCAUAGGGAACCAUCUUAAGCCUCGAGGGGGUACCGCUCAGUGAAAUCCAGGAUCAAUUCCAGCGGUUGGAAAAGGAAGCCUUGGGGCGGGGGAGUGACUGACAACUUUUUGUGCCUAUGAAUAAGUUGUUAUUUUAACCCUUCAUUGCUGAAUGUUUAUUUGACUUCUCUCUUUGGCAUCAGAUAGAUUUCAUCUUGGCAGGAAUGUGAAAUCAGUAUGGAUGGAUUUUUUUUUUUUUAACAUUUAACUACUGUUUUUUUUUUUUCAAAAUACAAAUUUAAAAGCUGAAUCAACUCUUUCCCCCAGCUAAGGAUUUUAAAAGGAUUGAUUUCCAAGUAGGAAAGUCUUCAGGGAAGCUGACAAGGAUUCAAUUAACUUGGUCUUGUGUGCUGCUACUAGUUUUGACAAAUUUGAGGUUAAAUCCGUGACAACCAGACCAAUGUCCGCGAAAGCACCCAUGCCAUCUCCGUGCCUGCCCAAGCUGAGGGGGCGGCACUGUCCCUGCUGCUGUCACCACUGGAAUGAAGCGUAGGCCGGGGAGACCUCGAGCUUUCUCUUCACUGUGUGAGCUGUAGUUAGAGAGAGAGAGAGAGAGAGAGUGUGUGUGUGUGUGUGUGUGUGCGUGUGUAAAGCACUGAGGAUUCUGAAUCAAUUUCCACACUUUUCUUGUAUAAAAUUAACCCGACACAGCAAAGCUGCUUUGACUUAAUUUAUUUGUUAAACGUUGCACUUUGUUUAUAUGUGUUUUGUUUUGCGGGGGAGGGGAGUAAGGAGAAAGAAGAUCAAUUCUACUGAAGUAUUUAUUUCGCAAAGUUGAUGAUUUUGCAUUCAUUUACACUUUAAAAAUUCUUCUUCUGAUUUUCAUAAAUUCCCAGUACUUGCCCAAUACAACAGCUCCAUGGCGAUUUGCCGUCUGGUAGAAGAGCCCUUGUAGGGUGGGAUUUGCCAACUGUAUCAGGUAAUAACGUAUGCCAUAGAUUAUCAUCUUGCUGUGAAUGUGUUUGGCUCUGAUUUUAGAAGCUAAAACAUUGUUCUUGGAGAGGAUUGCCAGUUAAUAGUUGUCACACCGCUAUUGUCUAUUAUGCAACUGUGUUUAUGUGCAGAAAUUGAACAAAGGGCAAUAAUUCUUUUUCAGGGCUCUCUUGUUAUUAGAUUGUUUUAAAACCUCCCCAAAGUAACUUUUUCCUGGGCACCCCUUUUCUAUUUCUAAAGAGUUGCUUGGCCCUUUCAUGUUUCAAAAAGAGCCACACGUUUCACUUGUCCUUCCAUAUUUCUUGAUCUCCACAAGGAACUCACAAAAGUCACACGACUUUUAUUCACAGAGAAAGUUGGCUUUGAUGUCCCUAAAAGAUAAUUCUGCUACUUGCUGAUCAGCCAGUCAGUUCACCUAGCUUCAAUCUUUGUAGGACCUCAAAACUAACUUUCCUGCACUUGACUAAAAGGUGGACGGAUGAUUGGAAUGGAUUAUACAGCAUAUUCAAGUGGAUCCCUAAAUAUUACUUUGUAUGAUAAACUAAGACCAGGACCAUGUCCUCUAUAGAUCACUUUUUUAAAAAGCCACAUUUAUGCAACUUUUUCAUUUUAAAAAUAUUCUUACUCCUUUACAUUUGUACUCUAACUAUAAAACCCACACUUCUGAGUGGCUGAGCCUAUGAUUAUAUUUUUGGUUGUAUGCUUAUUUUUUGUGGGAGAGAGAGAGAGAGAAUGUGUGUUUCUCCUCUGUGAAUAAUUUUGUAUCUCAUGCUACUUCUUGAAAGUUUACUUUUUGAUGCUAUAAGGGAAUAGCCAGAUGAUUUAUACAAAUAAUCUCUACCUGCAGGAUGGUGGAUUAUUAAAUUAGAGAAAUGCUGUUUGGAAUAUCAACGUUCACGGUUGGAUUCAACUUAACCAAUUGCAUUUUUAUAACGUAGUAUAUUCCUCCAUUGACUGUAUUAUCAAUUCAUAGAGUGAUUUUAAAACUUAAGAAAAAGAUAUAUGUUUGGAGACUAAAAUAUAUUAAUGCCAAAUGUGUUUUGGUCAGUUACUAGAGAAUUCUGUACAAAUGCCUCAUCUCUUCAAAUGCUGUACAGUUGGCUUGUUUGGCAGGUAGUAGGGAAGAAUAAGUGUGGAGUAAGACUUAAAGGAAAUAGUAUCAUGUGAUUACAAAAAUUAGAAUUUAUAGAAAUAUUGGGAUAAACGAAGAAAUAAAAAUCUUUGUCUAGAAUGUAGCAUCUAGUGACUUUUGAUGCCCUAACUUCACAUAAAGGAGUGAUAUUUCUGUCUAAGGCCAGACCAAGCCAUCACCAAGACUCAUGGGGGAAUUAUCAGUCCUCUUUUCCUAGAGGAAUAACUGAAAGCCAAUAAAAGUCCUAACAGUCCCCUCUUUGAAGUGUAUUUAUGUUUUGUUUUUGUUUUUGUUUUUGUUUUUUUAGCAGGGCAGAAGACAUUUAGAGUCUGGCUACAUGACAUAUUGGGGAAGUUUUUCACUGGAAGGGGGCAGGGGGAGGAUUUCACUUCAUUGUCUCACCCUUAAUAUCUUUCGUGAGCUAAAGGAACCAUCAUAGUCUAGAAUGGUUUUAUAUAACACUAACAGUUUAGCCUUUCUUAAAGUAUUGAACAAGAGCCAGGUAACUGCCAAAGGAAGCCUUGCUCCAUGAAGUCUGCUUACACAUUUACAUCUCGUGUACCAGUUUUAAAGACUUUUUUCAUCGUGUGCAGCUAUAAGGGGAAUAGGGCAUUCUGUAGGAUUAUACAUGUCUAGUUUGUAAAGUAUGUAAUGUGUACUGCAGAGGUGUGUUCUCUGGGCUUUAUGUAUCUGUACAGUAGCUUUCAUUAAAAAAAAUUGUGGACAAACUUGUUUUGGUGGUUUGAGGGGGAAAAUGGCCAUUUAUACCAGGUAAUGAUGCUGUAAUAUAUAGUACAUGUAACAAAAGAUCUGGAAGUUACCCUCCCCUGGCCCAUGGAAAAUUUUGGUUAUCCUCUAGGUUCUAAAAUGAAGAUGUAUGGAUACUCUGGCAGACUGCAUGUUGUAUAAUUUGAAAAAUACUAAAAGUGGAAAAUAAAACUGAGUUAAACUUUG